AUGUUUUUUACUGGUCCUCUAUCCAUACAAACAUCAUCGAAACGAUAUGGUCCUGAAGAACAAGAAUUCUAUCAUUUUCAUCAUAGUAGACAACGAUACGGCAGUAACAACGAAGAAGAAUUAGACGGAAAAGAAAAGUUCCAUCAACAUAUAACAAGAGAAAAAAAUCCCAAAAAAUAUUCGACAAUAUCUUCUCUAUCAACGAAUCGUAGUAGUCUUAUUAAUGAUAAUAACAAUAAUGAUAAUAAUGAUGGCACUGGUAAAAGUAACACGAUUACUGGUUUAACAAAAGAUAAUCUGUUUACGUUAUUACCAGAUAAAGACUGGUUUUAUUCUCCGAUAACAACAUCAACAAACACUAAAAAUCAUCAACGACGUUCUUCAUGUCCAGUGUUUUUUCGUAAUACUACGUCAUCAUCAAAUAAAAAUAGACGAUUUUAUUUUCCUGCUAUAACUGAAACAAUUCAUGAUAAUGAAACUAUUUUAUUAACAAAUGAACAACAGGAACAAUCAAUGACAAUGUCAAAUGUAAAAGAAAUAGAAAAACUAACAAAUAGAAUACAUAUACAAGAAGAUGAAGAAUCAACAAUUGAUAGAAAAAAAAUGACUGAAUUCGAUGAACAGAAUAAUAAUAGAACAAAUAAUGAAUUUACACAUCGGAAGAAAUCAACAGAUUUUAGUUUUAAUAAUGAUAAUAACCUAAAUUUAUCAACACCAACAACGUCAAAUACGCAUGACAUCAUUGAUAAAUCCCUAUACAAUGUAAAUAAAUAUGAUCUAUUGUUAAAGUCGAAUGUCAAUAAUCCAACAUCAGAUUAUCAGCUAUCAUUCUCUUCUAACCCAAACCACCAACAACGAACAACACCAUUAACAAAUAUGAUUUUUGAUACAACAGAUGCUAAAACAGCAGGUUAUGAAAAAUCUAUGAAAGAUAUUAAUAAUAACAGUGGUGAAACAAAAGUAAUGUCGAAUAAAGUAGCUAAUAACGAUAUUGUAUCAACUCAAAAAAUAGAACAUUCAUCUCAAUCAAGUCUCACACCCUUUCAAUCACAACCAACCCAAGAAAUAAAAUAUAGUCAUCAUACAAUGAUGAAUAUUAAAGUCAUUUUAAAUGUUGGAGGCGUAAGACACGAAGUUUUAUGGCGAACACUUGAUCGUUUACCAAAUACACGUUUAGGAAAAUUACGCAAAGCCGAGACACAUGACGACAUCAUGAAAUUAUGUGAUGAUUAUGAUUUAGAUGAAAAUGAAUAUUUUUUUGAUCGACAUCCAAGAUCAUUUACAUCUGUUAUUAAUUUUUAUCGAACGGGUAAACUACAUUUAGUCGAUGAUGUAUGUGUUAUAUCAUUUCAUGAUGACUUACUCUAUUGGGGUAUUGAUGAAUAUUAUUUGGAGUUAUGUUGUCAAAAUAAAUAUCAUCAAAAAAAAGAACAUGUUUUAGAAGAAAUGAAAAAAGAAGCUGAACUACUAAAAGUUAAAGAAGAAGAAACUAUUACACAAAAUCAAUUUUGUUCAAUUGCAAGAAAAAACAUUUGGGAUUUAAUGGAACAUCCACAUACAUCAAAAGCAGCACGGGUAAUUGCUUUUGUCAGUAUAGCUUUUAUUGUUUUAUCCUCAUUUACAUUAACAGUGAGCACCAUCGAAGGUAUCGGAUGUGCAGCGAACUAUACAUUAUCAUCGGAUGAUACACAGGAUAGUACCCCAGUUGAUGCUGUAUCAGUAGCUGCUGCUUCGGCAGCAGCUGCUGCUGCUAAAGAACACCACAAUCACGAUGAAACAUGUCGCGAACCAUUAUUUCUAUUUGUUAUUGAAACAUUAUGUAUAGCAUGGUUUACAAUGGAAUAUAUUUUACGUGUAUUUGCCGCACCAGAUAAAUGUAAAUUUUUCAAAGGUGUUUUAAAUACAAUUGAUUUAAUUGCUAUCGUACCAUUUUAUAUCUCGGUAAUACUCGAGAGUCUAGAUACGGGCAAUUUGAAAAACAUAAAAAGUGUUCGAAAAGUUGUUCAAGUAUUUCGCGUGUUACGUAUCAUGCGUAUAUUAAAAUUAGCUCGACAUUCCACUGGAUUACAGUCAUUAGGCUAUACCCUGAGACGAUCGUACAAGGAAUUAUCAAUGCUAUUGAUGUUUUUAGCCAUAUUCAUACUGUUAUUUUCAAGUUUAGCAUAUUUUGCUGAGAGAGACGGAAAUGGAAUACAAUUUAGAUCUAUACCACAUGCUUUCUGGUGGGCAAGUAUUACAAUGACUACAGUUGGGUAUGGUGAUAUAUAUCCAAAAUCUUUUUGGGGCAAACUAAUUGGUAGCGUAUGUUGUGUAUGUGGUGUACUUGUAAUUGCUCUGCCAAUCCCGAUUAUUGUUAAUAAUUUUGCCGAAUACUACAAAGAACAAUUGAGACGUGAAAAAGCGUUUAAACGUAAAGAAGCGAUUGACCGUGCUAAAAAAGAUGGUUCAAUUGUAUCGAUACACUCACAGUUCUCAAGUACCAAUUUAUCUGGUGGUGGUGGUGGAGGAGGUGAAAGAACAAAUUGGCAAACUAAUGUUAUAUCGAAUGAUACAAAUGAUUCAUCUGAGAAUCGCUCAAAACGAACUGGUACACUGAAAUUAACGUUACUCGGUUCAGACGAUUUGUUAGAUCCUGGAUGUUAUGAGAAACAACAAAAACAAACACUAGCAAUGAAUUCUUCAAUAUCUGCUAUAGUGAUGUCAACACCAACUAUGCCGGUAAAACAAUCCGCUCUAUUCACAGCUACACAGCAAAGCGAUACGAGUUCAUUACAUAGAAACAAAACAAAACAUUUGAGCGAUCCUACCAAUAAACAAUCAUGUCAAUCGACAUUUGUUCCCAUGUAUGCCGAUACGGGUAGGCCAGAAUAUGAUAAUAUUGAGCGACUGUACUCUCGAGAUAAAACACAAAGUGCCGAUAUAUUGACCUUCGACAUACAAAUAUCUGAUUAUGUUCAACCAAAUGACAAUGACGAAUCGUUAUUAAAAAUGGACAUAAAUACAAGUAGUGAUAAUAUUCAACCGCUAAAUAAAUUACAGUCCAAUCGUACACCAUUAUCAGCUCGUCGGCGUUUACUCAAUAACCGUAAUGAUGAAGAUGUCAUUAAUGAAAAAGAACUCGAUCAUCUGCUGUGUCAUCAACAAACUGACGAACAACACCAUUACAAUCAGAAUAUUGAGCAAACAACAGUCGAAAAUCCAAAUAAUAAUAAGUUAUGA